UGUGAUAAUAUAUGAUAAGACAAUACUCGACAGUAUUUAGAUAUCAAUCAUGAGAAUAAGGUGGAUGAUGUGAAAAGUGCAUUUAUUAUUCCAGAUGUUAAAUACGACUGAGUGCGUAUCUUCUUAGAAUUCGGGAUACUUACCAGUGAAAACCUCACCAAUUAAAUCAAAAGGAUAAUUAAGAAAAUCAUAUUUUUUACUAAUGACUCAAUGAUUUAUUAAGAAGAAAAAAUCAACUGAACAUUUUUAAUAAACAGGGCUAAUUAAGAACAAAAUGAAUCUAGGGUGUUGGAUAAUCGUGUUAUUGUGCUUGUUCUUAACAACAACGCAUGCUCAGGAUAAAAAAGAAAAAGAUAAAAAGAACAAGAACAAAAAGAACAAGAAGACAACUACUACCACAACAGCAAGUGAAACCACAACAACAAUUCCAACUACAACCGUAACAACAGCAACAAUAGAUAAAAUUCCCGAGGAUGAAGGAGAGAUAAUAAAGUUACGUAUUCCAGGGGAACGACGAGCUAACCGAACUAUUCCUGAUAGUGAAUUCAAAAUCAGGAUUAACAUCGUAAAUGGAAUAUUGAAAGUGGAGUUGUUGGGGGAAGCAAACUCAGAUAUGGAGGAAAUAUUGUUCGACGUGAUCAAAAAGAAAAUUAUCAAGGAAGUACGGCCGUUUGUAAUAGAAACUGAAACUGAGACAACACCACCAGUCCCAGAAACCUCAACACCAGAAGUCACAACAGUAGAAGAAUAUAUUUCUACAAAGAAACAAAAAAAUAAAAAUAAAAAAAAUAAAAGAACGACUACAACUACAACUACAACUACGACUACGACUACGCCACCGGCUGCUUGAAGUAGAUUUCUAGCUGUGUUAUGAAUGUAUGCAUUUAUAAUAAAGGAACUUGUUUUUGGAAUAUAAAUAUAUGUUUCGUCGAUACGAUGAAUUUCCCUUUUGAAUCACCAGAAUAGGAAUUGGACAUGGUUGGCACGCUUAAUUGCGUCCAAUGAUACCACGUACCCUGAAC